AGUCGCCGAGUCCAAGCAUACACGAGCGCCAAACGCUGUCCAGAGGCCCAGCAACAACCAUUGACGCUGACGCCGGCAGCGCUGGCAGCAGAGCAGCAGCGGCCAGCGCGACGCAACGUGUACGCGAUGGUUGUGAUUUCAAAUAGUCAAGUCGAGUUGCCGCUGCCGCAUCGCCCAGCCACAACGCAAUCGCAUCGCAAUCGUCGCAUUCGUAAUCGUUUUUCUCCAAAAGAUGUGUGAAAGGCGCUAAUUAACUACAACGACAACCAGCAACCAAGAAUAAAAGAAAAGUAUUACGAAUAGUUAAUAAAAAAAAUAAAGAAAUUAUGAAAAAUGCUCAGCACUGCAAAACCAACUAAAAUUACAAGUGUGUGUGCCCCAAGCUUUAACCAACUAACUAACUAACUAAACACCACAGCUCUACCCAUUGAUAAACCAAACAACGAAGCACGACAACAAAAGCAGCGGCGAUUACUUAAAACUCUCAACAAACAACAAACAGCAGUAAGCCAAAAUUUCAGCAGCUUACGAAGCUCCGAUGUGGCAAUUGUGUUGGGCUGCCUGCCGUUAUUGUUAAUAUCUAACGCAGUCCAGUCGCAACGAAUCUACGAACAAGCAGCGCUGUAUAUCGCAUAUAGUAGAUCCUAGUCAAGUCUAUUGUCGUCCCAACUACACACAGAAGCUAGCUCGUAAGCCAGAGGCGCACUCUUGAUGCAUAUUGGUCAGGAAAAGCUUCCGCACUUGCAUCCUCAGCCACAUACGCAGCCACACACACACUCACACUCGCACACACACGCACACGCACAUCCACACCCACACCCACACACACAUCCACACUCACAUCCACACACACAUUUGCAGCUGCAGGAGCAUCAGUCGCGACUGGAACAUUAUACGCGUGCUAACGACUACACGGCCUUGUUGCUGGGCUAUCGGUAUACGUUGCCGCCGCUGCCAUUGCCGGUGCCGGUGCUGCCAGGGCAUGAGCAACAGCAACAGCAGCAACAGCAACAGCACGCGCACUUGGAGCAACUGAGGCGCUGCAGUGCACGAAGUCCCACCAGCUCCAGUUCCAUGGUUAUGACACCCAGCUCGCGACACAGCUCGCCGCCGUUGUCGCGCCAGGCCGUGCCACUAACCCAAUCAGCUGCAUCCGCGGCGUCCCAGUCGCCCGCGCUCUCACCCUCGCAGUCGCAGUCACAGUCACAGUCACAGUCACAGUCACAGUGCAUGGGCGCACACUUUUUGCACUUGCAGUCGCAGCUGCAUCAGAAGCUAAGCGCCAGCUACUUUCGCAACCCGCCCUCGCCCUCGCCCACGGAUCAGAGAGCCAGAGAGUGCGAUAGGGAACGCACGCCGCCCGGACUCAGCAUGAGCACAGCACAGCUGAAUCCGCUCAGCGACUUGCAGAACAUGCAACCCUUUGAUUUUCGCAAAAUCAACACAGCCUUUACCACCGCAGACUUCCAUCACCAUCAGCAGCAGCAACAUCAGCAGCACCACCACCACCAACAUCAUCAACAGCAAGCGCUGCAGCUGCAGCAGCAGGCAGUGCAGCAGGCAGCAGUGCUGGCAGAGGCGCGUCGACGCAUCAAUGAGGCAACCACGCCCAGCGAGAAGAGCGCCGCCGUGGCAGCAGCAGCAGCAGCUGCGGCAGCGGCAGCCGCCCAAAGCAAUCAGUUCUUUAGCGCCAUGGCCAUGGCGGGGCAUGCUCUACCCUAUCAUCUGCCUCCACCCCCACCACCGCCGCCGCCACCACCAGCAACAGCGCCCGCCACAGCAGCAAGCAGCCAACAGCAACAGCAACAGCAGCAGCAGCAGCACCAACAACAGCAAGUUGCUGAGCUGAGACAUGCCCAUUCGCCCAGUCAGCAUUACCAGCCGCAUCACAAGCCCGCCACGCCUGAGCAUAACAAUAAAUCGAAGCCCAACAGCAGCAGCAGCAGCAACACCAGCACCAUCAGCAGCAACAACAACAACAACAACAACAACAACAGCAGCAGUAGUUCGCAGCAGCAGCAGCAGCGCCUCACACGCCUCACGCUGGCCAACGCGUCGAGUAUGCGCGCCAGUCGCAAGAGCGCGCACUCGCCGGGCAGCGCCGGCUCCGGCAGCAAGCGCCAGUGGGGCAGCAUGCCCGCCAACCUGGGCACGCAGUUCAUCAAUCCGGUGACGGGCAAGAAGCGCGUCCAGUGCAACGUCUGCCUGAAGACCUUUUGCGACAAGGGCGCGCUUAAGAUUCACUUCUCGGCAGUUCAUCUGCGGGAGAUGCACAAGUGCACCGUGGACGGCUGCAGCAUGAUGUUCAGUUCGCGCCGCUCGCGCAAUCGCCACAGUGCCAAUCCGAAUCCGAAGCUGCACUCGCCCCACUUGAGGCGCAAGAUCUCGCCGCACGACGGGCGCAGCGCGCAGCCGCAUCCGCUGCUGCUGCAGGCGCCCAAUGGCAUAAUGGCGGGACUGACACCCUUCGGCAGCUUUCCGCUGCUGACUCCGCCGCCGGACUUGCGGCACCAUGCAGCGCUUGGCGGAGCGGGAGGACUGGACCUGAAGCAUGGUGGCGCCGCGGGGCAGGAGUACUUGCAGCAGCGCUACUUGGAGAGCAAUGGCAUGUUGGGACGCUGCUAUGAGGGACAGCGCCGCAAGGCAGCGGCGCAGGAGGAGGAGGAGGACGAGGAUGACGAGAUACUGGAGGUGGGCAUACACAUGCCCACGGAUGACGACGAUGAUGAUGAUGAGGAUGAGGACGAGGAUGAUGAGGAAUGUCUAGUGGCACGCGUGGGGGAGGACGAUGAUGAUGACGAUGACGAUGCUGUGGACAUGGGCAUGGAGGUGGUGGCUGAUGAGCACCAUGCCUUUAUGCUGGACAAUGGCCAAGAGAGCGAUGAGCGGUCCAGUUCCAGCCACAGUCAGAGUCACAGUUACGAUCAAGCUCACAGUCACAGUCACGGUCAUGGUCACGGUCAAACCAAAGAGCAAGCGAGCAAGCAACAGCAGCAGCAGCUGGACAGUGAGCUGGAGCACGAGGAUGCGCUUAGUCAAAUGCCAGGACAUACGCCGGCCAGCAAACGUAAGCGCAAGAGUCAAAAUCCCGUGCGCUGCACUGCGCUCCAAUCCGAUGAGAACAACAGCUACGACGACAAUACGCUGGACAACUAUGACAUGGCUGCAGAUUUGUCCAUAAAAAAGAUCAAGUUGACCAAGCAGGCGGACCCAGUAAUAGCAGCAGAAACAGCAACAAUUCCUGCGAGCACAGCAACAGCGGCAACAGCAGCAGCAGCAACAGCAGCAGCAGCAACAGCAGCAACAACAACAGCCAAAGAAGCCGAGGUGCUUAGCAGCUCCAAUGAGUCCACCAAAGCAAUACCAUCGCCACCUCUAACACCCUACGCCAGCGAGCAGGUAGCCAAAAGCCUGGUCAAAUUGGAGCUAGAAGAGCAGCAGCAGCAGCAGCAGCAGCAAACAUCGAUUGCGCCACCGCCUGCCAUCAAGCAAGAGCCGGUGGAUGAGUUGGCCUAUGAAGCUGAUGAUGAGCAUCGUUACUUGCGCAUUAAGCAGGAGCUGAUGGGCGUGGACGAUGAUGUCGCUGCUGCUGCCGCGGUGAACAACAACAACAACAACAUCAGUGAGAACUUGAGCUUGAGCUUGGGUGACAAGCAACUGCAGAGCAAUGGCGACGUCCCAGAGGCUAAGACCGUCGCGGAGCCUGAGGUGGAGCCCGAAGCGGAGCCCGUGGCCGAAGUGCCCAUUGACCAGGAGAAUCCCUUAAAGUGCACAGCAUGCGGUGAAAUCUUUCAGAAUCAUUUUCACCUACAGACUCAUUACCAGAGCGUCCACCUCAAGCUCCAUCACAAGUGCAACAUCGAUGGCUGCAAUGCAGCGUUUCCCUCCAAGCGAAGUCGGGAUCGUCACAGCUCCAAUCUCAAUUUGCAUCGCAAGCUGCUCAGCACACGCGACGAUGCGCAACAGCAACAACAACAGCAUCAGCUGCAACAGAACAAGCAGCAACAGAAGCAGCAGCAGCUGCAGCAGCAACAACAACAACAACAACAGCUGUUACUCCCGCCCGAGCCGCUGCUGGAGCUGAUGAGCAUGAACAACAACAAGCUGGCCGCGGGCGGCGGCGGCGGCGUGUCCACGUUGGCGGCUGCUGGUGGCGGCGGCGUGCCCGGCAGCAUACAAGCGGAGCUGUUGGCGCGCAUACACGCCUUGCAUAUGCCGCUGUGCUUUGAGGCACUGCAGCAGCGCUUUGGAGGACACGCGGCGCAGGCUACGGCGUUUGGGGAUGCCACCAAUGCGCAGGCGUUUGCUGAUCCGCGGCUGCUGCUGGGACAUGGUGGCAAUCCGUUGUUGUUUCCCGGACUGCCACGGCUGCAGCGAUUUCCGCUGCCACACAUGCUUGGCGCCGGCGCGCCAUUUUGCCGACGCAGCUCGUCCGACUCCAAUUCGCAGCAGUCCAUAACGCCGCCCGUCUCGGCCAUGGGGCUGGCCAUGCGCCCGCGCUCCGGCUCUGGUUCCGGUUCGCCGGACUAUGAAACGCAUGCACAUCUACACAUGCAGGCAGCGGCGGCGGCGGCGGCGCAGCAGCGGCAGCGGCGGCGGCGGCGUCGGUGGCAACUGGAGCAACCGCAGCUGGCGAGGAGCUCAGUGCAGCGUCACCAGAUCGCAUAUCAUGACCAUGUACCUCGUACUAUGCCAAGGCGCUGGCAUUUUAUAAUUAAAAACAAACUGAAAAAGUCGUGCGCGCAUAUCGAUAUGUAUCGAUAACACAAAUAUCUAGCGCUAUAUAUUCAUUUAUUCAUGCAAUAUCAGGCUAAAAAACUUAGGACUAUAGCAUUGCUCAUUCGCAUAGACUUGUCGUUGAAUGCAAAUUAAAACAGUUAGCAAUUAUUCAAUUAAUCGAUGAAUCGAUUAAUCGUUUGGUUUGCAGCGCUCAUUAUAAACUAGGCUAAUAUCAUCUAUAACUAUAUAAAUAUAUGUACACACAAUUAU